GUUAAUUUGACUACUUCAUCCUUCUUCAUAUAUGCUCUCGUGAGCAUGGCAUUUCACAUGUUGUCAGAACAAAAAGGAGAAGGGGAAAGUCUUUUUUUUUUAUUCUUUCUCUUCUCUAUCUUAUUCUUUUUUUUCUAUAACUUGUUACAUUAUCGUUAAUUUGACUACUCCAUUCUCCUUCAUACAUCUCUUUUUUUGUAUUAAUCUCUCUCCCAGGAAGUUCUGUUACCAUUAGUUGAUUCCCACUAUUUUACCUCUAUCGAUCUUUCUAUGGAAUGGAUCCUGACGCGUUAAAACGAAGCAACCCAAGUUUACUCUACGAAAAAUGUCAUUUUUUUAUUCAGCGUACAUUCGAAAAUCGUUUGGUGAAAGCAAUGUGGACGCACAAGAGAGCUUAUGGUGUGAACACAACAACUCCUAAGAACACAUUUAUCGCCAGUUUAUUAGCUAUUGAAAAAAGCAAAAAGUCUCUGCACAAUCUAUAUAUCGAUGCAGCCAAUGAAUGGGGACAAUUAGAAGGCAAAAAGAGCACUGAUGAUUCAAGAAUGAUGCCCAUUACAAAUAUCAAGAUGAAAGAAUACUGCGACAGUCUCUAUGUUCCGACUGUUCUCUCGUACCGAUCGUUUGUGGAUGAUAAUGUAAAUAGAAUCUACGAUUCCCUAUACGAAUCUUCCUCUUCACCAACAACACCUAUACCAUUUUCUUCAUCAUCUUCAUCAUCAUCAUCAUCAACAACACCUAUACCAUCUUCCUCUUUAUCAUCAUCAUCAUCAUCAUCAUCAUCAUCAUCAUCUACUCCUCUACAAAAAGCGAAAGGGAGAAAAAAAAUGGAAACUGGAGAAAACAUAAAAAUGAUCACGGUGGCUACAAAAAAUAUAAUGAAGGCGACCUUAUCAAAACCAAUUCAAAGUCUUUCAAAGGGCGGUAUCUGAUGUGAUUAUUGAAGUUUCGUUUUUAGUGCAGCUUCUUCUACAAGCAUUCUUGGACAGUCAUUCCUCCGAGAUAAGAAUUGAAGACAUAGUUCCUUUAGGCAAAAUACGUCAAGACUUCAAUCAGCCCUUGAGUGUUCCUCCUGUCUCCCUAAAGCAAGAAUUGCUAGCAUCCCGCGUAAAACCAGCAAGUCAACGCCAUCUAUAUGACUUUCUUUCUGCUGAU